AUGGAGAGAGAACAAUAAACUGCAGUUAAUUUGUUUAUCAACAAUAAUCGUCUUAUUCACCAGCUCAAUCAAGAAAAUAAUAAUUUUUCCAGUCGUAGCGGGUUAUCCACGAUCAUUCUCGAAGCAAUUGCGAAAUAUGAUCUAUGGAUAUGGCAUAUCUAUUUUGGAAUGCCAUGCAGCAACAACAAUAUUAAUGUUUUAAAGUCUUCUAAUUUAUUAUUUAGUUGAUGGUA